AGUUGAAGAUUGGGGUUCGACAAUGAAGACGUUGUGUUUGCCCGUGUUGCUGUUGGCUGUAAUUGUUUUAGGUUGUGAAUCGCAUCCAGGCCAUGGGCGCCAUGAAAAAAGCCAUGACAAUUUGAAAAAAAGGUUGCAAGAAGCCGGAAUCGCUAAUUUGACCAUUCAUCAUGAAAAGGUCGGACACAAGCGUUUUAUUGGCGGAAUCAUCGCAGCCUUCACCCUUUUUAACGAUCUUGCCGACUUUAUGGGGAGGGUCAAUAACGUGGUCGGCUGGUUUGACAACAUCGACCGCUUUAUGGGAUCAGGAGGAACAGAGAGUGAAAGUGAAGUUAAUGUUGCAGAGAUCAAUGAGUUAAAGACAAGGUUGGAUGGUUUAGCGACUGACGUGGAGAACGGUUUCAAAAGCCUUCUUGCUGGGGGUGAAUACACAGAUGUGUUGAAUAUUGUGGCCAACGACGUGGAAAAAUUACAGCUUAUUGAUGGUUAUCAAAGAGAAUACUUAGCAGAGGUAAAGCGUUACAAAGAACUACCUGCAGGAGAGAGAAAUAGCGAAGAAAUGGCUGCUAGUGAAGACAGUUGGUUCGAGAGUAUUGACGCCAGAGACGACCAUCUUGAGGACGCUCUUGGCAGCCUGCGCUUGCAAGUUUGCGGAAAACCUUUGCUUACCCAAACAAGUUUGUAUGAAGCUUAUGCCUGGAAACACGGACAGCAAUCCACAGGCAGCGUGGAAAGCCUGAUGGAAUUUAUAUCUCGGGUUCGCCUUUUAGAGGCCAAUGGGUAUGCCGUGCGAAUGAAUUUUGUUAAGAAAAAGUACAGGGACGACACGGCGCGGAAGAACAUAGAAGUAAGAAAAAUCAACACCCGGAUGGAACAGACUAAGACAUGUGAAGACCCUGCCAUUGCCAAGGCCAUGUCGAGAAUGGUAGAUCAUCAAGGUAUACCUGCAUUUGGAAGAAUUCGCUAGUCGCAUUCACAUCAUAACAGCUCAAGUCGAGAGACUUAUGACAGGUUU